AGUCGCCGAGGGCGGCCGAGGCGCCAUUUUGAAUUGGCUGCGGGGCGGAGGGGGUGGCUGCACAACGCGGCUCCGCGUCCCCCGAGAAAAGCAGGGAGAAGAGAGCGAGGGCCCAACAUGGCGGCGAAUCGGAAUCUGAAGCAAGUGCGGAUCGAGAACAGCUCCCCGGCGGCGCCGCUGGGGAUGGUGGGGGGCGGCGGCGGCGGCCUGAAGGGGCUGCGGGGCCUGGAGACGGAGAACGAGGCGGCGGCCAUGGCGCUGGUGCCGGGCAAGGAGGGUGGGGAUGAGGAGCAGGAGGGUGGGUUCACCAUCGACAUCAAAAGCUUCCUCAAACCCGGCGAGAAGAGCUACACGCAGCGCUGCCGCCUGUUCGUGGGCAAUCUGCCCACCGACAUCACCGAGGAGGAUUUCAAGCGCCUUUUCGAGCGCUACGGGGAGCCCAGCGAGGUGUUCAUCAACCGGGACCGAGGAUUCGGCUUCAUCCGCCUGGAAUCUAGGACACUGGCCGAAAUAGCAAAAGCAGAACUUGAUGGUACUAUUUUGAAGAGCAGACCACUUCGAAUUCGAUUUGCUACUCACGGAGCUGCCCUAACGGUCAAGAAUCUUUCACCCGUGGUUUCUAAUGAGCUGCUGGAACAAGCGUUCUCUCAGUUUGGACCUGUGGAGAGAGCUGUCGUGGUGGUGGAUGAUCGCGGCAGAGCUACAGGAAAAGGUUUUGUAGAGUUUGCAGCAAAACCUCCGGCACGGAAAGCUCUAGAAAGAUGCAGUGAUGGUGCAUUCCUGCUAACAACAACACCUCGACCUGUUGUUGUGGAGCCAAUGGAGCAAUUUGAUGAUGAAGAUGGGCUCCCAGAGAAGCUAAUGCAAAAAACACAACAGUAUCACAAGGAAAGAGAACAGCCUCCACGUUUUGCUCAGCCUGGCAGUUUUGAGUUUGAGUAUGCUAUACGUUGGAAGGCUCUUGAUGAAAUGGAAAAGCAACAGCGUGAACAGGUUGACAGGAACAUUAGAGAAGCCAAAGAGAAACUAGAGGCAGAAAUGGAAGCAGCUAGACAUGAGCAUCAGCUAAUGUUGAUGAGGCAAGAUCUCAUGCGGCGUCAGGAAGAAUUGAGACGUUUGGAAGAACUUCGGAAUCAAGAACUUCAGAAACGCAAGCAGAUACAAUUGAGACAUGAAGAGGAGCACAGACGGCGUGAGGAGGAGAUGCUACGCCAGAGGGAACAAGAGGAACUGAGACGGCAGCAGGAGGGAGGAUUUAAGCCAAAUUUCAUGGACAAUAGAGAACAGGAAAUGAGAAUGGGUGAUAUGGGUCCUCGUGGAGCAAUUAACAUGGGAGAUGCGUUUAGCCCAGCACCUGCUGGUAACCAAGGCCCUCCUCCAAUGAUGGGUAUGAAUAUGAACAACAGAGGAACUUUGCCUGGCCCUGCAAUGGGUCCUGGUCCUUCCAUGGGACCAGAAGGAGCUGCAAAUAUGGGAACACCAAUGAUGCCAGAUAAUGGAACAGUGCAUAAUGAGAGAUUCCCUCAAGGAGGUCCAUCUCAGAUGGGCUCACCUCUGGUUAGUAGAACGGGCUCCGAAACUCCUCAGCCUCCCAUGAGUGGUGUAGGUACCGUGAGUGGUGGACCUGGUGGCUUUGGUAGAGGAAACCCAGGGGGCAACUUUGAAGGACCUAACAAGCGUCGCAGAUACUAAAACUUACUUCAUUCCUUGCUGUUAAGAAAUUCCAGUAAACAUAUACAGUGAUAUGCCUUUAUAAUUUUAGCUGUUAUCUGGAAACGGUUUUAUUGUUACUGUAGUCUUUAAAACAGUUUCUUUUGUAAAACUUUUUUGUAUUCAGUCAUAGGCUUUGUAGUAUAGAGCAGAAAUUAUGCAAAUCGUUAUGUAAGGCAAUGUGUUUGUGACUAGCAAAAUACAGUGUGUGACUAUGCUGUAAAACAUGCGGUUAUCUGAUUACAAUAAAAUAUAAAAUUCACUUAAAGAAUUUUGGGAAUGUUAUUACAGAUACUGAGUGAGAAUAAUUUUGUGCUUGGUUGUAAGUGGCAUCAUUUUCAUUCUUAGUAUGCGGUUUCUACUUGUGUGUCAAAUUCCGUUAGUGAAUCUGUUCAGCUAGAGCUGCAUGUUGCAGUACAUACUAUGAACAAUCUACAUUGCAGCUGCUUAAGUUUGCUUCAACUUUUGAAGAGCAUACAGUUUUAUACAAAAUGUUCUUUUAAGAAUACUGUGGUUUUUUUAUCUCAGUCUCCCUCUGCAAAUUGUGUGUCCUUUCAAUCACUGGAAACACUUAACUUUGAGAGAAAAAUAACCUCUGGAAAAGAAACCUGUAUGUUUACCUUGUUCAUGAUGGUAUGAAUGAAUUUAUCUAAGAAACAUUGUGAUGUGUGUUAUAAUGAUUGUUAAAAUAUCCUGGCAUUGCAAGGGAAGGAAGCAUUUGUGCAAGCUUGUUCAAAGCCUUCUGAUGUAUGAUAUAUCACUAUAGGUAUACAUGAGUACUUAUUUCCCCCAGUGGUUGAAAUGAAAGAAGUCUCUUAUAAUAAUUAACUGUUCAAAAACGAGUGUAAUCUGUUGAAAUGAUUGUUCACUCAUGGGUAGAGGAUUCAUAUGCUUCUGGAAGGACUGCACAUUAGUAUAUGAUCCUAUGAUUCUUUACAUGGUUUUACCAAACAAUAUAUUUGGAAAACGCUCAUUUUCAGCAUUUCAGGAUAGCUUUGCUGAUUAGUUCUUAAGAUGGAACUAACAAUAAAGCUGCUAGGAAGCUUACUGUAUUCAAACUUCAUCAGUCAUGGAAGGUGAUGGAAAAGGCCUAUUGGUUCUAUUCCUGUAAUGGCAAGAAAGCAGGGAUGUUUUUGGUUACUAUUGCUUUUUUUUUUUCCUGUAUAAGUACUAGUGUUCUGUUUUUAUCUUUUCACUUCAUGUUUUCACAAGUAGAAAAGAUGAAUAUUAUCUGCAUGAAUAGUGGUACUAAAUUGAUUCGAAACUAAUUUGAGGUAACAUUGUUCCCUAAUUAUAUAAGGACAACAUGUAUGUAACUCAAAGCAUGGGAUUCAAGCAGCAGAGAGUAUGCAUGUGUUAUGUUCUAAUAUAGCAGUGAUAGUCUUGGUAAAUUGUGAAUAAAUAGUAAUGGGAAAAAUGCAUUACUGGCAUCUUGGAAGCAUACUGUUUAAAUUGUCAGUGUUGUAUGGCCAAAGGUAGAGAUUGUUUUUGUAGAAUUUAAAUAUUACCAUGUAUGUAGAUACUCACUUGUGGCAUUAUUUAAGCAGUUACCCCUCAGUUGUCUCUAAUGUUGUCUUCUUUUCUGCUCUCACUUAGGUGCAUGCCACACCUUUAUAGUUUGUAUUGCAAUAGCAAGAUAGAUUCCAGUUCUUAAAUACUGUUCCCUCCUUGAUAUGUGUAUCACAGUAUCCUUAACAAACACAAAAACCUUAUAACCAGUCUUACUGAGUAUACUAUUCCUAAAACUGAACACUUGGGAAAAUCACUACUAUUCAUUAGGUGCUUUCUACUUUCAUGUUCUGUAUUUAGUUGAAAAUACGCUUUGAAAAUACGUGUUAGAUUCUGUCCUAUCUCAUUGGGCCUUAGUUUGAACAUGACAUAUUUAAUGGGGGUUGGGAAAGAUAGUACUGGGGUCAGUUCUUUGGUAAUUCUAAACUGUAAAACCAUGAAAGAGAACUUGGUUUAAAUAAGGUAACCUGUACCAUAUUUAUGAGUUUUGUUCUGGUUUGUAUUUUGUUUGUUUUUUUUUCAAAGAAGAAAACUGUCAUUCAGACCUUUUGACUGACUCCUAUGUAUGUCAGGUAUAUGAACCACCAUCCCUGUAGUAUCUGGACAUAUUUCAGGAGCCCAGUAAGCAUACCAAACCUGCAGAAGUGGUUCGUAAUAUCCUAGCCAGCCACAGACUAUUUUAAGUGCUUGUACUUGUGUUGCAUUUUUCUGUUUGCAAGCUGACAUUAUUUGUAGAUUUCAGCUGAUACUGGUGGUUUUCAUACCGUAGUUGGGAGCCACAAUCAGUGUAAAACUGUGGUACCCGGAUGACUGCUGCACUCUUGCAGUUAGUUUGUCUGCUGCCUUUAUUUGCAGAGUCACCUAUUCCAUAAACUACCCCUUUGAGUCCAGAAAGAAAGACAUACAGAACUGCUGAAUUUGGAUUCAUAAAUAAUUUAAUGAAUUCCAUCUGUAGCUAAUGAUAGGCUGCCCUGUCUCCAAGAAAAGUUUUCUUAGUGUUAUCUGGACAUACAAUCAACAAGAUUGUAUACUGCUCAGCAGUAAAGGCAGUGCUUUUCAUUUUACCAUUUGUGGUAGUGACUGUAGCUGUACAAUGAAUAUAUAAUUUCCUUAGAAAUUAUAAAGUUAGAGCUUUUUGCUUGAAGGUAAUGCCCACAUGCUCAGAGUCAUUCAUCAAGCUUAAAAGGAGUCAGUCGGUUCACAGAUAUGCUUGAAUUUUGAACUCCUUCGUAUGUUAGACUGGAAAGAACAGUGAGGUCCUGACUGCUGUGAUCUGUGGCAGUGCAAAUAGUCUUGGAAGUGGUGUGAGGCUGGCGACAAAAUUACUUCUUUUUAUUUGAAUCUUAGGUUAUUUAUGAAUUCAGUGUAAAAUACAUGAUAUUCAUAAUUUGAGUAUAAUUGAGUAUGAGUACUUACAGACAGUAAAGCUUUAAUAUUCCAUAUAAGUAAAACCAACCAAAACCAGCAAAGGUCCUCAUAGAACACUACUGUGUAUUGUGUUUUUAUUGGAACAAAACGGAGCGCAUUUUAGAGUAGUGAGAAUCACUUUGUGUUUGUUCAUUAGCUCUUGGUAGUGACAGCAGUAGAUGGCUGACCGGGUUGGAAAAAGUUAUUCCUGAUUAAAUGUUGAUAAAUAAACAUUCAGAGUAGUUUGAUGUGUGUCAGUGCAUUUUUCCUCUCUAAAUAUUAUAUUUAAAAUCUUCGAGAAACACUUAUCUCAAAUACUCUUUAGAAAAUUGAUAGGAUUUUUUUGUUUUGUUUUGGAUUGGUUUUCUUUGCUAGUGGGUAUGGGCAUUCAUUGCUGGGCUGAAAGGAAAGCAGUGAGAGCCACUGAAACACUGUGAGAUGUUGUUAAUGCAGUUUAGCAGCAUUUUCAAAUGGUCCAGCUUGUUAAUUGCAUUUACAUUUAUCACCACGGUCAUUUAAAGAACAAAACAAUGAUUUUGGUCAUGAGUUGAUUUGUUUGUAGUAUUAUAUUCCAAUGUGCUCAUUAGGUAGAGGAUACUUGGGAUACUUAGUGGUGAUUCAUAUACUUGAACUGCAUUCAUUUUGUAAGAAAAACAUUAAAAAUUACUGUGAAUUAUCUAAUUGUGGUUCUUUAUUGUGCACUCCUGUAUUUUAUGCAGCUGAACAUAAAGACACAGUACAGUGAAGAUCUUCAUUAGGAUGGGGGUUGUAAUAAGUGGCAAAGACACAGUAGAAACUAAAUAUUGCAUGGACUUAAUUUUAACCAUUAUUUAUUAGAAGUUUAUAGCACAGAUUCACUGAAUGGUGUUCUGAUCCAAAGCAUAUUCUCAUAUUUUCAAGUUCAUACCAAGCUAAUUUCCACUCUUCAUUUCUUUUCUUUGGAACUUUAAAAUAUAGAAUAGUAAUUAGAGAUUCUUUUUAUAAGGGUUCUACAUUAAAAAUGCAUGGAUUUCUGUGGAGUGCUGAUUAUUAACCAGUUACAAUCUGCCUAGAGAUAACUCUGUUCAGUAGUGCAGAAGUAACUGACUGAAAGGACAUUCUCAUGUUCUUAAAAAAAUAUAUCCACACAACAACCUUAGAUGUUGUUGGUUUUGAUAUUCAGCAGUGAAAUAGUCUGCUCUGAUGCCGUUAGGCUCAAUUAUUUUUUUAAAGUUGUGACAACUAAUGGAUUGGCAUGGAUUUUAAUAUAUAUAUUUUCAGCAAGUUGAUGACAAUUCCUUCUCGUUUGAGAUGACAGAUAAUAAUAUACAGCAAGAGAGCUGUUGAAAUAGAAGAGAAAGCCAAGUGGUGACUAGUGAAGUCACUUUAAAUUGAGCCAUAGGUGUGAGUGGAUUCUGAGUCCCAUUCCCCGAGGUUUGGGAUGGAGUAUAUCCAUACAUCAUCUUUACACAGUUUGUAUCCACCACAUCUUGUUAGUUUGUGCUUCACGCCAGGACUGUGGGACUCAAUAUACCAUUUGAAAUACAAGUUAAUUGUGUUCUUAGGUGCUCUGAAUUUAUUUAUUUGGGCACUCUGCUAAGAUUAAAAAAAAGUCUUUGGAUUUGGUGCUUUCCUUGGGGCGUUGGCUUCUGGCGCAAUGCAGUAUCACUCCCAAAUUCCUGAUCCAUCAGUAGUGAGGAGGCGGUGAAUGUGGCCUGUGGAAAUCAGGAGCUGGAUGUUCCUCUGUUAAAUUAUUGGUUUAUAUGAGACUGGAUCAUCCCCAAAACAUUUGUUUUCAUUAAAAUAAAUUUGAUGAAGCAUGAGAAUUUAAUAGGAGGAGCGAAUAAGAACAUUUAAUAAUACUUAUACAUAAUUUUUCACAUAGGAUUGGCAUGUUGAUGCCUUUUGGGAUACGCUGUAAAAUACAAUGUAGGUUGUCUUCCAUUUUGGCCGCUUUCUGCUGUGAAGAAAUCUGUUGUGUUGUUUUCUUGUUGCCCAUAUAACAUUUUGAAAAUCGUAGUUGAAGGCAUUUCUGGUUUGAUUUCAUAGUCAUUUGCAAAGUACUAACAUUCAUUAAAAAGAAAUAAAGUUAUUUGUCUAAAUGUUGUUGUAGGAUAGAAAAAAUAAACUGAACGUUAAUUUUUUUGUGAAAACAGUGUUUUGUUUUUUAAAGCAUGUGAAAACCAGCCUCGUGCGUGUUCAUUCUCAGCGGGAUAGAUUUAAUGGGUCUUUUCCAUCUUAAACUUCCUUAAACUGUGUUUAAUAUAAUUGAAGUUUGGUAUUUAUUUGAACGACUACAUCCCUAUUUCUGAAACUGGCAACAGGUGGAUGUCUUCUGGAAAGUAGUUAAAGAACGGCAGCCUUUUUCCCUCAUUGAAUUAAACAUUCAGAACAGUUUUACGUUUAGCGAUGAAUAGAGGUAAGGUAGGUAAAUAUAAGUAAUAUCUUUUUUAAAGCUUUUCAUGAUUGUUUUUAUAUACAAACCACAUUAACAGAAAAACUGCUCUGUAAAUGUGAGUAAGCACUCACUGAUUUGUAUGUAAUGCUUCAAAUAGGAGACAAAAUGCUUAUAGUAAGAGGUAUGAGACUUUAAAGGAACUUAGCUGUGUUAUUGCAUACAAGUGUUGGUAAGAUUUUUCACUUUAUGUUAGAAACUGGUUUGUCUAUAGCUCUAUUGUUUGUAGUUUCACUGGUGUGCUUUUAUGUCUCAUUUCUCUAGAGUAAAGCAUAGCUGUAUAAUAUGAUGGAAUUUACAUGCUAAAUGUAUGUGAGGCGUUAAGUGCUUGACUUGGAAGAAGCGCAGCAUAAAGAUGUUGUUCUUGCCAUUCGUUUCUCAGUUAAAGUUUGCAUAUAAAUUUGAACAGGAGAAAAACGUUAAGUCUUGUAUGUAAAUGGAAAAUGGGGUGAGGGAAUAAAGAAACAUUAAAAACA